UUCUAUUCCCUUUUUUCAUUUUGAGGAAAUAAAAGGAAACCGAUCUAGUUUGAGAAACUUUGGGAUUAGCUAUCAUGUUGGUAUCAAGCUUUAGGGUUUUUUAAAGAGUUUAGUAUGGAUUCUAAAAUGAUUUUGAAGAAGACACAGGGAAGGGAAGGAUGCUGAGGAAAAAGGAUUCCUACAGGUUACAAGGAAGGAUUUGGUGCUCUUUUUUCUUUUCCAGAACAGGAACAACAAAACCCAUGUUUCAAAGUAGCAUGGUAUAAGAUGAAAAUCUAAAAAAACUGCUGACAGAUCUGAGCCAGGGCUUGGGCAGAUGUCAGCUAAUAACAGAAGAGGCAAGCAUGAGCCAGAAGCAGAGCUGUUCGUCUUGACCAAGACACCUUCUGCCUACCCCACUCCACACUGCGUAGGGGAUAUCUCAUGUUUCCUUAUCCAGGAGGACCCCUCCGGAGAAAGGUUUACUACCCAGAGGUAGCAUGGCUUAAGACUUUUUCUCUUGCUCUUCUUGCUGAGCCGGCCAAUGGCUGUCCACGGCUCCAGCCUGCAAGGGCUGGGCCUGUAACCGAUACCCCUCUUAGACGUGUACCCCAGGCGACCGUCUCUAGAGCCAGUAGAGACAGAGAGAGUCCUGACGGCGCAGACAGAAGGAGAGAAAAAGGGAACAUGGCCAUCCUGGAGAGAAACUUGGCAGGCACCUGGCUUGCCUCCGGCUCCUCGCAUCCACGCUGGCCACAGUAGGCCAGAUCUGGUUUCCUUUUUGAAAGAGACAGGGUCGCCUCCUGUUCUCGGCAGCAAGGGCAGUGUUGUGUUUUGCAUGCAGGCCUCCUCAGAGGAAGCGCAUUCCGCUUGUGGACCUGCCUAAGCUGGUUUCGAAAGCCACCGAGUUUUGGAGUCCACUUUCGGCACCCUCCAUGAACAGGCAACCUGUGCACUUCCUCAUCAGCCAUGAAUUUCGGCUUCACUCAAGAGCAAGUGGCAUGCGUGUGCGAAGUUCUGCAGCAAGGGGGUAACGUUGACCGCUUGGGUUGUUUCCUAUGGUCCCUGCCAGCCUGCGACUACGUGCAGAAGAAUGAGGCCGUCCUGAAAGCCAAGGCCGUGGUGGCUUUCCACAGGGGGAACUUCCGGGAGCUCUACAAGAUCUUGGAGAGCUAUCAGUUCUCUCCUCACAACCACCCCAAGCUGCAACAACUGUGGCUCAAAGCCCACUACAUCGAAGCGGAGAAGUUGCGCGGGAGGCCACUGGGGGCCGUGGGAAAAUACAGGGUGCGGCGCAAAUUUCUCCUGCCACGAACCAUCUGGGAUGGAGAGGAAACCAGCUACUGUUUCAAGGAAAAAUCUCGGAGUGUGUUACGAGAGUGGUACACCCACAACCCCUACCCAUCCCCUCGUGAGAAGAGGGAACUGGCAGAAGCCACUGGCUUGACCACCACCCAGGUCAGCAACUGGUUCAAAAACCGGCGCCAGAGGGACCGUGCCACAGAGACCAAGGAAAGAGAGAACAGUGAAGGUGGCGCUUUGAAGGAAGGAAGGGGCAUGGCACGAGAGGCAUGUGCUGUCCGCAGCUCAGAUGACGAGAACUCUCCCACAGAUAGCCCUGUGGCUCCUGGAUCCAGCCCCUCGCUCCUCUACCCUGGCUUGCCACUUUCAACUCCACUAAGACACUCCACACCUGGUGCCCACAGCAUAGAUUUUCUGCAUCACCAGCCACUCCACAACAGCCUCCAGGGGCCUCUCGCUUCUACCCUUGUAGAUCUGGGGUCCUAAAACAAUACGGUGGAACACAGGCCCCUUUGCAGAUUCUUUCUAGUCCUUCGAAACACCCAUCUGUCUGACCAACACUGUUGUUAAGACCAUUUAUUACAAAACAUCAUCUCCUGGCUUAUGUGGAGAAGAAGAGUUUCACCUUGCCACGUUUAUAACCUACAAUCCAAAAUUUGGGUUUGUAGCAUAGAUUUUACGCUCUAGUAGUCAUAGCAGACCUCUCUCUUUCUUUCUCUCUCUCUUCUACCAAAAGCCAUACCCAAGAAAAUGAUGUAAAAGUUAAGAAAAUCCUCUCACCUGCCUCUAAACUCCAAGAUUACUACGUACUGUAGGAUGAGAGGAAGAGAAAAGGAUGUUGGCGUAUAUAUAUAUUUUCAUCACAGCACAUACCCUACUGCCUUACUCUGCCAAAAUUUGCAGCUCCCUUGUUCCCCUAUACAGUAGCUGAUAACAAGGUCUGACCUCCAUUUCUGGUAAAAGAACAAUAUGAAAUACACUUGGUGGUGAAACAAGAGUUGUUCUGCCUCCACAGAACCAAGCAAAAAUGAAGCAGAAGUAGUUUCUAAACUAGGACUUUGAUGCUAAGUACUGUACAACUAUAUCCUGCAGUAGCAGCACUGAUUGAAACUGGAAAGCACUGAGUUAAGAAGGCUAAUUAAGAUAAUAGCCUGGAUAACUGAACACAUGAGAAUGCCUAUCAUAUUCUAGAGAGAGCAAGAGCAAUUAGAGUGACUUGCAAAGGACUGGAGGGACCGAAUGACUUUGAUAGAGGACUUGAAUGAAGCACUUGAGAGCAUGAGAAUGGACCCAAGAAAAGAAGAAUGGCAGCCCUCUCCAGUUCACCAUGAACCUACAGUCAUUUCAUUCAGGGGGUGGUACAUUUUGCAGGAAGAAGUUCACUGGAUUUCUGAGAUGCUUCUCGGGCACAUUUCCUGAAGAGACCCAACUCAGCUGCUUGCUUCUGCUUGGUCUUCUGAUUCUAGCCUGCCAAAUCACUUUGUGUUGCCACAUUUCAUAAUAAAUGAAGCCUUCCAAAGGGUGGUAUCCUCUUGUCUAAGGACAUCAGUGAAUAAUAUGUGUUCCUAUGGCCAGAUGAGCCAUUCAAGGGGUGUGUCCACCCCCCCUUGUGCUGGCACAGGAAGAAUCACACAAGCCAUUUGCCUUUUUCCUGUUUUGCAUAGCAACACCCAGAAUCCCUGAACUAGCAUGGCUGCUGGGAAACUGUGGCUGACUUUAAGGGAACAUUGAGGAGCUGUCCUAUGAGGAAAGUUCCCAUUUAGUUGAGCCUCUUGCAGCCUAGUGCCAGCUCUGAAGGUGGCGAAGGACAGGCAGUGAGAUGCUCUGUUGAGAGUUUCUCAAGUGUCAUGAUAAAGGCUGAUAUCCAAGACAUGCUUUCCAGGGAAUAAGUCCCCCUCCACCCAGUAGGAUAUGCUUCUGAGCAGAUACGUUAAGACUCAGAUUCAAGAAAGUGACCUGCAGUGAGGAAGUCCAGAGUGCAAAUAUAAUCUCUCCUAGGCACACGAGCACCCUCUCAUCCUCAGCCCCCAUAUGCAAUGUGAGCAUAAUACUAUUGUUCUACUUUAUAGGGUUGUUGCACAGAUCAUUGAGCCAAUUUUUGAAAUGUUUUGAACACUGUAAAACAAUAUAAAUAAAUGCAAGGCACAACCAAAACGU